CGCGCCGCGCCGCGUUCAUGCGUUCACAAAAUUGUUCUGCGCUUUUUGUCUUUGCCUUUUGCUUUUGCUAUGAAGUUUUGACGACGCUGUCGCGAUAAUUAUUUUUCAGGUCUUUGAUAGUUUAUCAUUAAUUCUGUUGUUAGUUGUAAGUGUUUAUAAAAAUAGUGAGUGUUCUUUUCAGUUAUUUGUUUAAGUGCUAUAGGACAAGAAAAAAUCAUGAGUCAAAUGGUGACGCGGCAGGGCCCUGUCGGGGAAGACAUAGAUAAGCGGCAAACCGCAAGCCCGGUCAAAGAAAUGAAGAAAAAAAUGGCAGCCAACGCCGAAAAGGAAAAGAUCGCAGCCGAGAAGCAUGUCGAUAAAUCAAAAGACAAACACGAUGACAAAACAGAUAAAAAGGAUAAGAAAGAAGCAGAGAAGCAUGCAGAGAAAGCCGACAAGAAGGAAAAAAUAGAUAAAACUCAUGACAAAAAAGAUAAAAGUUUGGAUAAAUCUUUAGAUAAGAAAGACAAAAGUAUGGAUAAAUCUACUGAUAAAAAAGAGAAAGCAGAUAAAUCUGAAAAGAAAGAAAAGACUACAGAAAAGAAAGAUAAAUCUGUUGAUAAGAAAGAAAAAAGUGUAGAUAAGCAAGUGGAUAAGUCAACGGAAAAGAAAGACACACCAAUAGAGAAGCCAGUCGAACAAACUGAAGAAAGCACCAGUGUAGAAAAGACAGGAAAGCAGCAAUCGAAAGACGAAGAGAAACAAAAAUCUGACACGAUAAAACACAACGGAGAAGCGAGCCGUCAGAAUGGUAAAGCAAGUAAUGGAACUGCCAGUGAAUCUGAUGACGGUGAAGAAGAACUGGUGAUAGUUGAGGCUGACAAUGACGAGAUGUUCCCCGAAUUGGCAUACGAUGACACCUCAGACACGGAACCAACCGACACAGAUUUACGCAGCGUCACGAGAAGGUCUCAGGUGAAGGUGACACGUACUCCGGAGACACCCCGACCCGCCUCCGUCAAGCAGGCUGACAAGGAAACUGACGAUUCCAAGGAGAUGAAACUACUCAAGUUGAAAGAGGACGUUUUGAUCACCGACCGUCGUCUCCGUUCCGCCGACUCGCCUAAACCUUCAGAGAAGAGAUCUCUAGGUAAAGACUCACCAAAGAAGGAGAUAAAAAAGAGUGAAUUAGAAACGAAGACGCUGGAGGAAACUGGCGCUGAAGAUAAACAGGAGAACGUACAGAAAUCCGAAGGAACCGUCACAGAAAUGGUAAUCGAAGUUGAAAAUAUUGAGGGGGGUGCGGGGGGUGCGGGGGGCGCUGGGGGUGCGGGGGGCGAGACACGUCGCGACACGCGCUACUCGCGGUCGCGCGUCAAAGUGAGCCCGUACCGCAGAAGCGCGCGUCUGGCAGACAACACCGCCACAUCAAUACUCGCCAAUUACACUGGCAACAAUACAACAAUGGAGAUGGAUAUAACGGAAUCUUUUGCGGAUGCGGAGGCUGCAGCUUGCGACACGAGUGCACCAGAGGACAGUUACCUCGCCUCUCUACGUACAAUCCGUGCACGACGUUCAUAUCGAGAACUCAAGCCGCUCUCACUUACGCACAGCUUCAACACAAGUCAUCACUCCGUCACCAGCUUGAAUGCUCGGGAGUCGAAUGUCCGCCCCACUGGUACAGUGGUGGGUCGCAAACGGCGGCCGGAGGCGGGUGGUGAAGGCGAGGGCGAAGGCGUGGCUGAGACUGUCGGGGCUGUGGGCGCAGGCGCAGGCGAAGGCGCCAAACGGCCGCGCCUACUGGAGCGCCUAGCGCGCCCAUUCCGCACCACCUCUACGCCGCUGCCCGCGCGCCGAGCUGCUGAGAUCGUGGGCAUUAACACGGACCUGCCGCAGAGCGCGCCCGUUGGCGCUGAUGAUGCCUUCGACCCGGAGACAAUCAAGCCCACGCCCACUCCCACACUGGCCCACGCCCAGACCACGCCUCUCGUAUUGCCCACGCCCACACUGGCGUCGGAGCGUGACUCGAAACGUUGUGUCGUCAUGUAAGAAUGUUCAAGUCUUAUUUUUGGAGGUUAAAAAAGGAAAAAAUAAAUAUUUUUUCUGGUUAUUGUAAUUUAGUAUUUGAAGGAA